GAUAAAAACUCAAGCUUGGACUUUGAUUCUAGUGUAAACGGUAACGUUAAACGUAUGAGCCUGUCGUGUAAUGCUCUUUACUGAGCCAUCUGAUAACUUAUUCUGUAGCUUACAGUAUGAUACUUUGUAACAGAUGCGCUAUACCGGCUUUGUUUGAAUAUUUGACAAUUCUGAUCAACAGUUCGCUCUCUUAUUGUAUUAUACAUAACAUUCACACGCUACAUAAUCUAGCAUAGCUCACAUUAGUAUACAUUUAUGCUCACUUAUUUCUGUAGGGUAGACCUAUACCGCGUCUUAUGUAGGCGACCUGUUAUUCUUCUAAGUAGCCUGAUUGGAUGCGGUGCCUAUGAGAGAGGUAUAGGAUACGUUCCUCCGCUAUUUGUAACCCAGCAACAGUCUCAAUGAAUGGCUGGCUGAACAAAUCCUAUUAUUUUAAGAAUUGACACCAUUAUUAGAUCAGACCUAUCCCGCAGAGUCGACUAUUUCCAAUAUUGCCUGAGACAAAGUGACUGCAAGAUAACACUUUUUAAUUUGGGGCACACGGAGAGGUCUAGCUUUGUAGCUGGAGUAAAUCAAAGUGGUUUUUGCAACUGACACAAAUAGACGCAUACUUUAUGUGCCAAAUGACAAAUUCAUAAUUUGUUCUCAGAAUGCCUGCUGCUUUGCAAUGUUUCACUCAUUUAAUAAUUGCAUGGCUUUGGGGUUUAACAGAAAGAUCCGCUCUACUUACGCGUGCCAACUGAAAAGGGUUCCACCCUCUACCUGAAAGGAGCGCACCUGGAUCCAACGAGACGGAAGUACUUUGUAGAGAUUGAGAAACGCUCCACAACUGUAUUGACUGUAUUUUUUUGGGCAACAAUUUAUCUGGAAAUCCGCAUAUUUUGAAGAGGAUUUUCUUUUAGCGAUAAGCUUGACAUAAAUGAAUUGACUUUUUUUCAUCAAGGGUUUGGAUUGCAGAUCCCAUCCUUAUUAUGUAAUGUCCAGGUUACCUCCUUGCAACUGACUGUGUGUUCGGUGAAGUGCUGUCUCAAAGAAAUCUACUCCACCCAUCUCCAGAAGAAUGAGUGGUCUCCGCAGAGUUCUCAGAAGGCGAUUACACCCCUUGAAGCUGGUGAUAGUGGCCUUUAUUUUUGUCACAUUUUUGUUCCUUAUACAACGUGAGGUAGUAAGCCAAAGUCCCACACAAGAAGAGCCCUGGCUGAAGGAGAUAGCUGUCAAGCGGGAUGCCGUGCUGGGCAUGGUGAUGGGGGCCGUCAAUAACUUCCGGGACGCCAUGCCAAAGAUGCAGAUCAAAGCCCCAGUGCGUCAGCAGGAGACUGCAGGGGACUUCUCCUGUUUGUCAGGGACCUACACGGCUGCUGAGCUGAGGCCAGUCCUAGAGCGUCCACCUCAGGACCCCAAUGACCCCGGAGCCUCUGGGAAGCCCUUUCACACAGACAAACUGAGCCCUGCUGAACAGAAGGAGAAGGAUCGGGGAGAGGAGAAACACUGCUUUAACCUCUACGCCAGCGACCGCAUCUCUCUCAGCCGUGACUUGGGCCCAGACACCAGACCACCAGAAUGUAUCGAGCAAACAUUCAAGCGUUGUCCCCCCUUGCUGACCACCAGCGUGAUCAUUGUGUUUCACAACGAAGGCUGGAGCACUCUGCUGAGGACGGUGUACAGCGUCCUUCACACCUCCCCUGCCAUCUUCCUCAAGGAGAUCAUCCUGGUGGACGAUGCCAGCGUGGACGAUGCAUUGAAGGAGGAGCUGGAUGAGUAUUUGAAGCGGCUGCACAUUGUGCGCGUGGUACGUCAGCGGGAGAGAAAGGGCCUGAUCACUGCUCGGCUGCUGGGAGCCUCUGUGGCCACUGGAGACAUCCUCACCUUCCUUGACGCUCACUGUGAAUGCUUCAAUGGCUGGCUGGAGCCUCUACUGGCCAGGAUAGCAGAGAAUUACACUGCGGUAGUGAGUCCUGACAUUACAACCAUUGACCUCAACACCUUUGAGUUUAUGAAGCCCUCGCCAUACGGACAGAACCACAACCGUGGUAACUUUGACUGGGGCCUGUCCUUUGGCUGGGAGAGUCUACCGGACCACGAAAAACAACGGAGAAAGGAUGAGACUUAUCCUAUCAAGACACCAACUUUUGCUGGGGGACUCUUCUCUAUCUCCAAGGACUACUUCUAUCUUAUCGGAAGCUAUGAUGAACAAAUGGAAAUCUGGGGAGGGGAGAAUAUCGAAAUGUCUUUCAGAGUGUGGCAGUGUGGGGGUCAGCUAGAAAUAAUCCCUUGCUCCAUCGUGGGUCAUGUGUUCCGCACCAAGAGUCCGCACACCUUCCCCAAGGGCACCCAGGUGAUCGCACGCAACCAGGUGCGGCUGGCCGAGGUCUGGAUGGACGACUACAAGGAAAUCUUCUACCGACGCAACCAACAAGCUGCACAGCUGGCCAAAGACAGGGCCUUCGGAGACGUCGCGCAGCGCAUGGACCUCCGGGAGCGGCUGCAGUGCAAGAGCUUCUCCUGGUAUUUGAAGAACGUGUAUCCAGAGGUCUUCAUGCCCGAUCUCAACCCACUCCACUUUGGCUCGGUGAAGAAUGUAGGAAAAGACUCGUGUCUGGAUGCAGGGGAGAACAACGAGGGAGGGAAGCGGCUGAUCUUGUAUCCAUGCCACGGACUCGGAGGAAACCAGUAUUUUGAGUACUCGACCCAUCACGAGAUCCGGCACAAUAUUCAGAAGGAGCUGUGUUUGCAUGGGACGGAGGCAGCCGUGAAGCUGGAAGACUGCCAGUAUAAAGGCCGCAUCACAUUUGUAGGAGCAGAACAGAAGUGGGAGUUAAGGGAGAACCAGUUAUUCUUCAUCCCAGGAUGGAAUCAGUGUCUGAGUGCCCGACAUGAGCACCCCUCCUUGGUUGCAUGUAACCCCUCAGACAGAUACCAACUGUGGCUCUUUGUCUGAGGACAUGACCUCAUGACCACACAUGGACCUCGGCACUAGUGAUGACGUGUGCCUGGGCAUUCUAGGACCAUUAGAACAAGUAGCAAUUGGCGUGCAUUUUUAAAUGUAUUAUCAAAUUGAAUGUGUAUUUAUUUUUAUACGUAGAAGAACUGCUGCUGGAAAGUUGGGGAUUUUGAGGAGAAUAUGCAACCUCGGGAAGGAAGCAUUCAAACUGAUACUGAAGACUGUAAAAGGAACACACUUUUUUUUAUCAUGAUUUGGGUUAAGGGAUUAUUUUUCUAAUGCUAUUCAAGCAAAACACUGUUUGUGGAUUGAUGGCACUACCUGGGACUGAAAUGAGUGACUUUGGAUGGGUACUUAAUGAAGAGAGAUUUCCACUAUUAUCUUUUCUUUUUCCCUUUUGUUUCUGUCUUACUCCAGAGGGAAAUCAAAGUUCCAUUUUAUUUUAUUUAAUUACAAAGGCUUGUUCUUUAUUGCCUACACUGAAUAAUUUAUUAAUACAGUAGAUAUGUGAAAACCAACAACAAAAUGGAAUCUCAAACAAUGCAAUAGUGCACGUGCCUCUUGCAUAAACAGAAUAACUAAGAUUGUAUGCACCAAAGACUCGUCAAGGGUUACUUUUCUAUUAAAAUAAAUGUUUGCAUUAUAGGUUUUUCAAUA